AUGGUGGAAAGAUACCAAUACAACUCUACAAAGAUAGAACCCCAGACUAAAAAUAAAACUAAUAAAAUAAAAAUAAGUUCUUUUAUCAGUUUUAUAUUGGAAGAAUAUUUUCGUUUUGACCACCUCACUAGAGGUGAUACCAAUGUCAUUUUUUUAAUUUUUUGUUAA